UUUGUACAAUCUGUCGAGCAAACCAACCCAUCACUGUAACCAUUCUUGGCGUCUUCCAGAAAAGAAAAAAAUGGGAUGGAGUUGCCUCCUGGUUUUUAUCCUUUGGCAGAUGAUGUCUCCAUCAGAAGCGGCGGCCUUUACUGUCGGUGGUGGUGUUGGCAUUAAUACAGGCGGUGGCGGCGGUGUUUGGGCUGGUGGAGGAAUCAACAACAACAACCCCACUCUACCAGGCCCUUCAGAGUCGAAGCUCACCAGUGCUUACACGGCUCUACAAGCUUGGAAAUCCGCCAUCACAGAUAACCCAUUAGGUGUUUUGAAAACUUGGGAUGGCUUAGAUGUGUGUUCUUAUAAAGGAGUUUUUUGUUCAGAUCAACAAGGUGCAAUGGAUUCAUCAUACGGACCGUCUGUUGUAGCCAUAGAUCUCAACCAUGCAAAUCUUCAAGGUACUCUAGUCAAGGAACUCUCUCUCCUUACAGAUAUGAUAAUCUUCCACCUUAACAGCAAUAGGUUUUCAGGCACAAUUCCUGCUACUUUCAAAGACCUUUCAUCACUUCAAGAGUUAGAUCUCAGUGGCAACUAUUUCUCUGGUCCUUUUCCAUUGGUUACUAUAUAUAUGCCAAAUCUUGUUUAUUUGGACCUUAGGUUCAACAAUUUCUCAGGAUCAAUCCCUGAAAAUCUUUUUAAUAAGGGACUCGAUGCCAUUUUCCUCAACAACAAUCAAUUUGAAGGUGAACUCCCUGCAAACCUGGGGAACUCACCAGCCUCUGUGAUAAACCUGGCUAACAACAAAUUCAGUGGGAACAUACCGUCUAGCUUUGGCUUCAUGAGCUCCAAAUUGAAGGAGAUUUUGCUUUUGAAUAACCAGUUAACAGGCUGCAUCCCACAAGGUGUUGGGAUGUUCUCCGAGAUGCAAGUGUUUGAUGUGAGCCAAAACUCACUCAUGGGUCAUUUGCCUGACACCAUGUCUUGCCUGACUGACAUUGAGGUUCUCAAUUUGGCACACAAUGAACUCUCUGGCGUACUGUCCGAAAUAUUUUGUUCUCUAAGGAAUCUUGUGAAUUUAACUGUUGCAUACAAAUUCUUUUCCGAGUUUGGCCAAGAAUGUUCCAAAUCUUUCUUUAGGGAUGUGGGUUUUGAUUUCUCACUGAAUUGCAUUCCGGGGAGAGACAUGCAGAGACCCCAACCAGAGUGCAGUGUUAUCCCUGGAAGUGGGUUGAGCUGCCUGAGAAUUCCUUCGCCACAGCCUCUAGUCUGUGGGGCAUUGGGUGGGAAUUUGAAGCCUAAUCAAACCUCAACAUUAUCUCCAUGAUGUCAUACAUGUUCAUGGAUGGCAAUUCAUUAAUAGCAAUUCAUUCGUUCAUGGAUUCGGUUACAUCAUGUAGCAUAAGAGACAUGUCUGUCAUGGUUCCAAAUUUCAUUUCCU